AUGCCUUCUUCAGGGCCGCCCCGAUUAUCGAAAGCGCACAAGCAGCGGCUGAUUCAGCGGUUCAGACGAGAGACCGCGCGCAGAGAACAGCUUCUGCGACAGGCGGGCGACAAACAGGCCGAGGAAAUCAGCCUCAAGGUGAAAAACAGACUGAACAAGAUCCUGCGCAAGUUCUGGGAUAUCAAGAUUCGAGACAUCCUGGAGCUCGAACGCGAGAUGCCGUUGGACCAACUGACCCUGCUCAAAGUGCUGCGACAGCUCGAAACUCCGACAUCCACACCCGCUGUAUAA